AUGGUUCGCUUCAGGUUCAUUUGCGAAGUCAUCACGACCCAUUACCAAGAAGAUAAUAAAAAUAAUACGCAAGAAGAGGGAAUGGUUAUCCAAGAAAAUGUCGAAAACAAUGUAGAUGAUGAAGCUGCACAUAAUGGACAAGUCGUAGCCGACACCCAUAUUUAUGCAUGUCCUGUACUUGAAUGUGGCAUGCAGAGUCAAAGCAAAGAGGAGGUAGAGGAGCACAUUGCCGUUGUCCAUGGAGAUAUGCAAGAGUGGAUUGAAACUGGAACAGAGACUGCUGUGUAUGAGGGUGAAGAAGACAUAGUCGUGAACGAAACAGAACAGGAUCGAAGUCAGGUUGUCGAGAAUGAAGAGCAUCCCAUUAUUGUUACGGAAGAUCAACAGUACGACUACUACCCGUAUGAAGAAGCAGGUGUUGUAAUAGACGAUUCCCGUGUAAAUGGAGUGGGAUUAUCAGAAUCGCAAAUCGCUUUGGAAAACGGCAUCAAUCAAACGCUUGAGGCACCAGAUGGAAAUGUUCCAAGACAUCGGAUUCAGUUAUACCAGCAUUACACAUACAUCGAUGAUCCCAAUGUUCCUCCGCCUACCGAAGAAAUAGAGGUGGAAACAUCAGAACAACAGUAUAUGCUGGAUGUUGGAGUUCCGUCGCAUUUACCUUUACAACGGGCCAUCAUCUAUGAAAACGUGGUCGAAAAUGUCAUGGACAUGUAUGAUGUUAGCCUGGCACAGGAAGACACCGGAGAUGAACGUGUACGUGUUCUUAUCGAUCCGAAUCCGCCUAAAAAGGGCCGUUUAACAAAUGAUGAGUAUUAUGAUAAAAUAGUUAGUAAGAACAUGCAAGAGAUGGAGGUGAAUGCAGCGACGAUAGAGAUGGCGGCACCGGUACGUCAUGUGAGUAUGAUGACAGAAGCAGGUCCUGUAAUGAUCGCACAGUCGGUCGCUAGACCACGUCGAAAUCGCUUGAUACAAUCGCAGUCCGAUCGGUCAAACGGAGCCAGGAAUCUAGACUGGAUCAUCGAUGCAGUGGCUCGGGGAUUGGACGUAGAUUCAGCAAGCCCCCAUAAUCGACGGAAACCAGUCAUGCAUAAGUGUCAGUACUGUGGUCGGGUUGAUAAGUAUCCGAGUAAAAUCAAAGCACAUCUACGAACGCAUACUGGAGAGAAACCAUUCAAAUGCGACAUAUGCGGUAUGACGUUUGCCCAAAGAACUCCUAUGCGACUGCAUGUUCGACGACAUUUGGAUCAAAAACCGUAUAUAUGCACUAUAGAGGGAUGUGACCUGCGGUUUGUGUCCGGCGCACUGUUGAAUUAUCAUCAACAAACAAAGCAUUUCUUGACGAAAAGGUACAUUUGCCUAAAAGGUUGUGGAAGAUUCUUCGCAAGUGCCAGGAAUCAACGAAAUCAUGAGGCGAGAUGCUUCUACAAUACGGAACAAGCUCAUGAUUUCGGCGACGCUAUCUAUGAGCAACUUGUGUAUAAUGAUCAAGAGGAAGAAGAGGCGAGUGAUCAUGAGGUGAGGUUGUGCUUCAGUGAGGAAGGAUUCAACAACUUCAUCGAACCCAUCGCUAUCUCGAUAGACAGGCCUAUUUCUGAUUUCCGCAAAAAUAUUCAGCUACCUCUUCAUGCUGCUGUCUAG